UGGACAUAACAAGCUGACAUUUCACAUAAACAUGCAGCAGCUAAAGGAACAUCAUUCUCGUUUAUCGUUUGUUUGAAUAUCACUCGUCCACAACUUCCCUCCUGAUACACGGUGCUUGCUGUCGUGCCCACUUUUGAGAGUUCAAUUCCCAAAUCUCACAUCCAACUCGAAAUUAUGUGUUUCGCGUUGAUGGAGAAGAUGUUCGCAAUGCUGGUGCUUCUGAUCCUGAAGUCAGGAACUGUGGGUGCUGGUCGGUCAGUGACUUUUGAAAACCCGAAUCCUUGUGCUUUAAAGGGAUCAUCGGUGGAGCUCAGGUGCUCAUACAACUACACCGAUGGGGAAACUGUUGAAAACACUGUAUGGCACAAAGGGGAAUUAAAAAAUGGCACCUGGAGACGUGUUCAGCUCUCAGAUCUUCCUUCAUAUGAAAAUCGUUCUGAAUAUUUUGGUGACCGUCAGCACAACUGUGGCCUGGCAAUACAUAACCUCCAGGAUAAUGACACAGGGCAUUACUACUUCAGGUUUGAUACGAAGACCAUAGGAUGGCGGAGUAAAAAAUCGGUGUAUCUGACUGUCACAGAGCUGAGAGCCAGAGUUUACCCUGACAAUGUGAGAGCAGGAGACUAUGUGACUCUUGAAUGUUCAACAUCCUGCGACUUUUCCACCACAGUUUGGUUUAAAGAUGGACGUCAAGUAGCCAGACUGGAGUUCCAGGCUCAAGCAGAGGAUUCUGGGAAUUAUGUAUGUGCUGUCAAAGGACAGGAGUCAGUGCGAUCUGACCCUGUGGCUCUGGAAGUUCAUUAUCCUCCAUUAAAUGUAUCUGUCGAGAUGAGUUAUUCUGGCCAGCUGACGGUGGGCAGCAGUGUGAAUCUGACCUGCAGCAGUGCUGCUAACCCUGCAGCACACAGCUACACCUGGUACAGCCUGGGUACUGCUUCCAGUGUCAGCUCCAUGCUCCAGGUGGGAUCAGGACAGGUGCUGUCUCUCCCCUCUGUAGACACGUCCCACACUGGACUCUACUUCUGUCAGGCCGCAAACCAACUGGGGGAAAACAACUCAACUGAGGUGUUGCUGACAGUGGACAAUCCAGACAUUAGCCGCGUCAUCCUCUUUGUUGGUAUUGGAGUCAAAGUCUUUAUUGUCCUGUUGCUUCCACUGGUUAUUAUCUGGUUAUGGAGGCAGAAACGUAAUUCUGCUGUGGAUAAAGAGGAGAACAGCCAUGAUUACGAAAACACGCCUAAAUAGGUCAAAAGAACCGGGUUACACAGCAGGAAAUUUUGACCUGAGCCUGAUGACAUUUCAUUACACUGGAUACAUGACUCAGCACAAGAAUGUCAGUGGCUGGUAUGCUGAUUGGAGCUCAACCAAAAGACAGACAGAGUUAGAGUUGAACAGCAAGUUUGCUGGCACGAAAAAUGUUACAACUCUCUUUCACUCCCGACUCGUCUGUGAAUGUCUGUGUAAACGUUCUGUCCUUGUCAAGACAUAACAUUAUUUUCUUUCAUCAAUUAAAUACCCAAACCUUACAAAUGUUACUAAAUGAAGCUAUUUUGCUGUGAAUGUAUUGUUGCUGAACAUCUUUCAGUGGUGUGAGUGGUUCACUACUGGCAAGGGUGUAACUUUAAAAAUGUUUCUCGAAUCCUAUUUCCUGCAUUUCUACAAACAUUUAGGAACUAUGGUGAUAAACGUUUUAUUGAAAUGUAUCAAUUAAAGUUUAUUGAGAGUUGAAUGUAUAAGUUUUCUGCAUAUUUUUGUUUUGUUUUCUUAUUUAUGUCUUUUUACAUUUGAAAUAAAUUUAAUUAAAAUCUGA